GCGUGGAUACUCAGACUGUCAGCCGCGACACGCUCCUCUGCCGCCGGCUGAGGGACCGCACGGCCGCCUCACGGGCGGAUGGGCAUCGCCGACGCGCUCGAGUCGCUCCACCUCUACCGCAAAGUCCCGCGAGACCUCACCGAUGCGACGCGGCUCGGCGGCGCGAUUUCGCUGGCCACCGCGUUUCUGAUGGCAUACCUCUUCCUCUCCAACAUCGCCGAGUUCAUGUCGGUGCGCAGUUCCACCGACGUCGCGCUCGACGACUCGACCGAGGCCAAGAUGCGGAUCUACUUCAACAUCACGAUGGAGAGGCUGCCGUGCCAGUUUGCGUCGGUCGACGUGUCUGAUGUGAUGGGCACCUCGCUGACCAACGUGACGCAGCACAUCAUCAAGUUCAAGGUUGCGCCCGAGGCGGGGCACCGCAAGGCCGAGUACUACCGCGAGCGCGACGACGACGUCGAGCACGAGGCCCUCGCCGAGAAGGAGCAGGGCCGCCUCGACACGCUGCCCGCGACGCUCCCGCAGCUCAACGACCACUCCUUCGAGCAGACGAUCAAGUCGUACGACCUCGUCCUCGUCGCGUUCGGUGCUCCCUGGUGUCCGUGGUCGCAGCGGCUCGACCCAGUCUGGCGAAAGACCUGGGAGCUCCUCAAGCAGAAGCCGUACCGAGACCACGUCCGGAUCGGGAAGGUCGACUGCACCGCGUCGGACUCGCACUCGACUUGCCAGAAGCACCACAUCCACGCCUUCCCCACGAUCCGCAUCUACCGCCACCGCCAGGUCCACUCGCAUGAAAACUACCUUGGCAACCGCGACUCCGCCGUCUUCAUCGAGUUUGUCGAGGAGGCGCUGCCGAAGCACCUCGUCACGGGGGGCGGCGGAGCGCCCCUAGACGCGGACAAGGCUGCGGCUGCGGCUCGGUCGGUCGAGAGCCACACGCUGGCAGGCGAGGGCUGCCAGCUCACAGGCUCGCUCGAGAUCUCGCGUGUGCCCGGCUCUUUCCGCAUCUCCGCCCAGUCCGACGCGCACUCGUUCAACUCGCGCGUGAUGAACGUCUCGCACCACGUGGACAAGCUCCUCUUCGCAUACACAGACGAGCGGCCAGCGAAGACUCACAAGGUCAUCUCGAUCGAGGAGCGGUCGAGCCUGUACCAGAUGGGCUUCAUGAUGGACCAGGAGCUCGCGACGCUCAAGCACUACCUCAAGGUCGUCCCCUUCCACCACCACGACCUCUCCGGCCACGUCACCCAAGCCUACCUCUACAAGGCAAACUACAACGAGUACCGGCCGCGCAAGCUCGAGUGGUACGAGGGCAAGGCCGACGCGCACGUGGAUACGCAGAUGGUGCCGAACGCCGUCUUCCACUACGACAUCUCGCCCGUCAAGGUGGUGGUGCAGGAGGAGUCGGAGGCGCUCGCCGCCUUCGUCACCAAGAUUUGCGCCGUCAUCGGCGGCAUCUACACGGUGGUCGGUUUGCUCGACAGCGUCAUGUACCACUCGGUGCAGUCCUUCUCGAAGAAGAAAUAGGUCGUAGGUUGC